GUCGAGACGUUUUCUAUGUUUUGUUGUUUUCAUGUGAUGUCUGUACGUGUCGUGUGAAUCGGUGUCCAAUUGUCUCGAUAAUCACCGCCGAAGACAUGUCUCGUGGUUUGGGAGGAAUCGGCAAAAUCGAGCAAAAGAUUAAAGACAAACAGGACUUAACCGACAGACAGAUCUCCAGCGCUUUCCAAGACCUCAACCAAUUGAUGCAAAUGGCCAAACAAAUGGUGGGACUCUCGAAGAAUAUCACACAAAAACUUCGCGAUAAGGGGAACGACAUCUCAAACGAUGAGACCGUUUUAUUCAAAAGUCAUUUAUUGAGUCUCGGAAUCAGUGAACAGUUGGAUGACCCGACCGUUUUAUUCAAAAGUCAUUUAUUGAGUCUCGGAAUCAGUGAACAGUUGGAUGACCCGGUACUCAGAUCCCAGUUCUCCAGCGAUAAUAAAUACUACCUUUCGUUAGCCAAACAAAUCAAUACUAUUAUCGAUCCCAUUGUCCGCCAAAGUGGUGGACAAAUGUCUUUGACGGACGUCUUUUGUACUGUGAAUAGAGCGCGUGGUCUUGAACUCAUAUCAGUUGAAGAUCUAUUGAAUGCCUGUUCGACACUCGCGUCCCAAAAGUGUGGCCUAAAGCUCGUGAAGUACUCAAGUGGUCUGCUUGUCCUCGAGAGUGAUAACUACAACGCGAAUGCCAUGAAUAAUAAGAUAAUCGAUUUGCUCGAAAAGUGUAACUCUGUGUCGGCCCAAGAGCUGGCUAUCGACGCCAGCAUUCCUCUGGCGUUAGCCCGACAGCGACUCAUCGACUGCGAGACCAUUGGAAUCGUUUGUAGGGAUGAAAGCAUUUAUGGCUUGAGAUUCUUCCCAAACAAAUUUGUUUGACUUUUUAGGCGUUCAUUGUUUU